GCAAUUUUCAACCAUUCCCAACCUAACCUCAUUCAAGUUUUUGUAUAUCAUUCUUUCUAGCUGGCCUCUUUGCAUUUUCCUAAAAUUUUCACUAUUUUAUAAGAAAGUAUCCAGAUUUCAGUUAAAAUGAGUUUACUGGAAAUGUGCGGCAUGGAGAAUGCGGGUUCUUUCCGCAGUGAGAACAGUUUGAGCCAAGAUAUUUCCCAGUUUUGCAGAAACUUCGAAAGCAACAUCCAACUUGGUGUACCCCCUUUUGCUAAUCCUGCUCAAAAUCUUGCACAGCUAAACAAAGACGACGCUGGCCGUGACAUCAAAAUCGAAUUUGAUCAUGGUACCACAACCCUUGGUUUCAUGUACCAAGGCGGGGUGGUUCUGGCUGUGGACUCUCGUGCUACUGGAGGCCAAUUCAUUGGCUCCCAAACUAUGAAGAAAAUUGUCGAAAUUAACGACUUUUUGCUAGGAACUUUGGCUGGCGGUGCUGCUGACUGUGUUUACUGGGACAGAGUCCUGGCCAAGCAAUGCAGACUGUAUGAACUCAGAAACAGAGAGAGAAUCUCAGUUGCUGCAGCUUCAAAGUUGAUGUCUAAUAUGGUUUACAACUACAAAAACAUGGGUCUGAGUAUUGGAAUGAUGUUGGCUGGAUGGGACAAACGAGGACCCCAGCUUUAUUAUAUCGACUCUGAAGGUACCAGAACUCCGGGCAAAGUCUUCAGCGUUGGUUCCGGUUCAAUUUACGCCUUUGGUGUCCUUGAUUCUGGCUACAAAUGGGAUUUGACCGAUGCGGAAGCUUACGAUUUGGGUCGUAGAGCUAUUUAUCAUGCCACUCACAGAGAUGCUUAUUCUGGUGGUAUUGUCAGAGUAUAUCACAUGAAACAAUCUGGAUGGAUACAUAUUGAUAAUAACGAUUGCAACGAUUUGCAUUACAAGUAUCAGGCUGAGAAACAAGCAAUUCAAAGUGUUUAAUUAUAAUAUUAUAUUUUGUGGUGUAUUGAUAAUUAACUAUUUCAUAAUAAAAUACCUACCUACUUA